UAUAUAUAAUUUGCAGAGUUGCCCACACUUUAAAUUGCAACUGUGUGGUGAUCAGGACAUUCUGUGUUGCUUGGACAACCGAGCUGAGAUGGCGAUGCCACCACCUACUUGUAUAUGUACACGACCUCCGGUGAUGAUUUCUUUUCCAAAAAUGAAGAAGAUUGUCGUUCAACUGAUGACAAAACACCUAGAGUACGUGCAAAAAAUACUACUUCCUCAUUUACAUCAAACUCAUUGAUACGACAAAGGGAAGAUUUUGGGUGGCAAGGUGACCGGGGGCAGAUUGCCGGCAUUCGCCCCACUAUGGGCAAUCUAUGUGAUGAUCUGCUCUCCGCAAUCGAAGCCAGGAAUGAGCGGCAAGAUCUCUUCGGGGGAAGAAUUGACUGCGGGGGAAUGGUGGAUCUUGGUGGAGUUCGCUUUAGCCGGUGAGGGACGAGCUUGAGUUGUGUAGGGGAA